AUGUCCCUGGAGCAUAUCAAGAUGCAUCUGAAGGUGGGGGUGAGCUUCCUGUGGAAGAAGUCCUUCUUCCACCUGAAGUCUUCAUUUGAGCCAUUCAGAACCUUGAACCCAUCAACACCAACAUCAGACAAUGCAUCUUGA